AUGUGGUCGCAUCUAGAACGUGGCAGUUCACCUGUGGAUUGGUGCGAAUCCAAUUAUUCCAUAACACCCAUGAUAGCAGAGUUUGUAAAUACUAUUAGCAAUGUAUUGUUCUUCUUACUGCCUCCAGUAUUGAUCCACCUUUUUCAAGGAUAUGCGAAGUUUUUCAACCCCGCCAUUAAUGUACUUUGGGUGCUUCUAAUGGUUGUUGGGAUAAGUUCUGCAUACUUCCAUGCUACAUUGAGUCUAGUGGGUCAACUUCUUGAUGAAUUGGCAAUACUAUGGGUCUUCAUGGCUGCAUUUGCAACGUUCUUUCCGAAAAGAUAUUUUCCGAAAUUCUUAGGAGGUAACAGGAGAGUGCUAGCUUUCUACGCUAGCGUAUUUUCCGUGGUGUCCACAGGGUUCCUCGUUAUGCAUCCAAAGGCCAAUGCGUUCGCUUUAAUGACUCUUGCGCUGCCGGCUCUUGUUUUUCUUUGCAAGGAGUUAAAUAGAGUAAAAUGUCCGCGAGUCUACCGUCUGGGUCUCCGUUGCGUUGCUGUGAGUCUCCUCGCCAUGUUUUGCUGGAUAACUGACAGAAUGUUCUGUGAUGCUUGGCUCUACAUCGACUUUCCGUACCUACAUGGUGCUUGGCACAUUCUCAUUUUCAUCGCCAGCUACACAGCUCUAGUUCUAUUCGCCUACUUCAACGUCUCAGAGGAGAGGCCCGAACAGAAACCUCAGCUGAAGUACUGGCCGAGAAACGACUUCGAACUCGGCAUACCAUACAUAACAAUAAAACAUCCGUACAAGAAAGACGACUUAGCCAUUUAA